GCAGCGUAAUCGCUGCAGCCGCCGCCGCCGCCGCCACAUUCAACAGGCAGCAGCGCCGCGGUCGCGCCGCCGGGAAAGCGAGCAGCCCGCGGCGUCCAUCCGUCCUUCCGUCUGCGGGCCCUGUCAGCAGGAGUGCGGCGCCGACCGCUGCCCGGCCGGGUGACUCUGGCUUGCCGUCCUGCCCGUGCAGCGGACCUGGAAGAGCCUAGAUGUUGAUGGACCCGCGAAGUUAAGUUCUGGGCUCGCGCUUCCACUCCGCCGCGCCUUCCUCCCGGUUUUCGUCGGCUCGAGGCACGGACCUCGCCCCCGCAAAUCUCGGACCGGCUCUUCGCGCCCCCUCCCCUUUGGCCCCGUGUGGUGCGCUCGACCCCUCGGCUCUCCCGCGGCUGGGGGAGGGGUGGGGGUCACCAUGGCCGAAGCGCCCCAGGUGGUGGAGAUCGACCCGGACUUCGAGCCGCUGCCCCGGCCGCGCUCGUGCACCUGGCCGCUGCCCAGGCCGGAGUUUAGCCAGUCCAACUCGGCCACCUCCAGCCCGGCACCGUCGGGCGGCGCGGCCGCGAACCCCGACGCCGCCGCCGGCCUGCCCUCGGCCUCGGCGGCCGCUGUCAACGCCGACUUCAUGAGCAACCUGAGCCUGCUAGAGGAGACCGGGGACUUCCAGCAGGCGCCCGGCUCCGUGGCGGCGGCCGCAGCGGCGGCGGCAGCGGUGGCGGCGGCAGCGGCCGCCGCCGCCGCCACCGGGGGGCUGUGCGGGGACUUCCAGGGCCCGGAGGCGGGCUGCCUGCACCCGGCGCCACCGCAGCCUCCGCCGCCCGGGCCGUUGUCUCAGCACCCGCCGGUGCCGCCAGCCGCCGCCGGGCCGCUCGCAGGGCAGCCGCGAAAGAGCAGCUCGUCCCGCCGUAACGCGUGGGGCAACCUGUCCUACGCCGACCUCAUCACCAAGGCCAUCGAGAGCUCAGCCGAGAAGCGGCUCACGCUGUCGCAGAUCUACGAGUGGAUGGUCAAGAGCGUGCCCUACUUCAAAGAUAAGGGUGACAGCAACAGCUCGGCGGGCUGGAAGAAUUCAAUUCGCCAUAAUCUGUCCCUACACAGCAAGUUCAUUCGUGUGCAGAAUGAAGGAACUGGAAAAAGUUCUUGGUGGAUGCUCAAUCCAGAGGGAGGCAAGAGUGGAAAAUCCCCCCGGAGAAGAGCUGCUUCCAUGGACAACAACAGUAAAUUUGCUAAGAGCCGGGGCCGGGCUGCUAAGAAAAAAGCAUCCCUCCAGGCUGGCCAGGAGGGUGCUGGGGACAGCCCAGGAUCUCAGUUUUCAAAGUGGCCUGCAAGCCCUGGCUCUCACAGCAAUGAUGACUUUGAUAACUGGAGUACAUUUCGCCCUCGAACUAGCUCGAAUGCUAGUACUAUUAGUGGGAGACUUUCUCCCAUUAUGACCGAACAGGAUGAUCUUGGAGAUGGGGAUGUGCAUUCUAUGGUGUACCCACCAUCUGCUGCAAAGAUGGCUUCUACUCUACCCAGUCUGUCUGAGAUAAGCAAUCCUGAAAAUAUGGAAAAUCUUUUGGAUAAUCUCAACCUUCUCUCAUCGCCAACGCCAUUAACUGUUUCAACCCAGUCUUCACCUGGCACCAUGAUGCAGCAGACACCAUGCUACUCAUUUGCACCGCCAAACACCAGUCUGAAUUCACCCAGCCCAAACUACCAAAAAUAUACAUACGGCCAGUCCAGCAUGAGCCCUUUGCCCCAGAUGCCUAUGCAAACACUUCAGGACAACAAAUCGAGCUAUGGAGGUAUGAAUCAGUAUAACUGUGCACCGGGACUCUUGAAGGAGUUGCUUACUUCUGACUCUCCUCCCCAUAAUGAUAUUAUGACAGCAGUUGAUCCUGGGGUCGCCCAACCCAACAGCCGGGUCCUUGGUCAGAAUGUGUUGAUGGGCCCUAAUUCGGUCAUGUCGACCUAUGGCAGCCAGGCAUCUCAUAACAAAAUGAUGAACCCCAGCUCCCACACCCACCCUGGCCAUACCCAGCCAACAUCUGCAGUUAAUGGGCGUGCCUUGCCCCACGCGGUCAACACCAUGCCCCACACCUCGGGUAUGAACCGUUUGGCCCCAGUGAAGACAGCUUUACAAGUGCCUCUGUCCCACCCCAUGCAGAUGAACACCCUAGGGGCCUAUUCCUCAGUGAGCAGCUGCAAUGGCUAUGGCAGGAUGGGCAUUCUCCACCAGGAGAAGCUCCCCAGUGACUUGGAUGGCAUGUUUAUUGAGCGCUUGGACUGUGACAUGGAGUCCAUCAUUCGGAACGACCUCAUGGAUGGAGAUACUUUGGAUUUUAACUUUGACAAUGUGUUGCCCAACCAAAGCUUCCCGCACAGCGUCAAGACGACGACACAUAGCUGGGUGUCAGGCUAAGAGUGAGUUAGUGAACAGGCUACACUUAAAAGUACUUCAGAUUGUCUGACAGCAGGAACUGAGAGAAGCAGUCCAAAGAUGUCCUUCACCCCUCCUUUUCGUUUCUUGAUUUAAAAAAAAAAAAGAAAAAAAAAAAGCAUUUCUUUUUUCCUUUCGUCAGACUUGGCAGCGAAGACACUUUUCCUGUACAGGAUGUUUGCCCGAUGUUUGCAGGUUAUGUGCUGCUGUAGAUAAGGACUGUGCCAUUGGAAAUUUUCAUUACAAUGAAGUGCCAAACUCACUACACCAUAUAAUUGCAGAAAAGACGUCGGAUCCUGGUGUGCUUUCAAGUUUUGUACAUAAGCAGUAGCUACGGAAUUGUAUUUGUGUGUUUUUGUUUUUGUUUUUGUUUUUUUAAUAUCCAUUUGGUCCAAGGAAAGUUUAUACUCUUUUUGUAAUACUGUGAUGGUCUCAUGUCUUUGAUAAGUUAAACUUUUGUUUGUACUACCUGUGUUCUGCUGAACAGACGAACCACAGAGAACCAAGCUCUCCAUCCUGCGCCUCCAUGGAACAGCUUUGGGCCUGUUCACACAACCACACAAUUCACAUGAGAACCAAUAGCCUGUUAUCAGUCUGCUGAAUUCAUGGACUUGUCAAACACCUUUGGGGGAAAAACAGAUUAAAUGCCAGCCUUGUACAGGUCUUUUCUAUUUUUUUGUUUGUUUAUUUUGUUAUUUGCAAAUUUGUACAAACAUUUAAAUGGUUCUAAUUUCCAGAUAAAUGAUUUUUGAUGUUAUCGUUGGGACUUGAGAUCAUUUUUGGAAUAGAUACUGAACUGUAAUGUUUUCUUAAAACUAGAGUCUACUUUGUUACAUAGUCUGCUUGUAAAUUUGUGGAAUCCCAGAUAUUUGAGGCAGCAUCCAUAAUUUUCAUUUUGUAUUUCUAACUGGAUUAGUACUAAUUUUAUACGUGUUUAACUGGUUUGUACACUUUGGGAUGCUACUCGGUGUUGUUCCUGACUAAUCUUAAAAUCAUUGUAAUUAGUACUUGCAUACUCAACGUUUCUGGCUCUGUUUUGGCAGGAGGGCGGUGUAUAGUUAUGGACAUUUUGCGUUUCAUGUGUAGGAGAACUUAAUACGUUUUUUAUGUGUGUAUUUGAAAGAAAUUCCAUCUGCUCCUAUUAUCCCGUGAACUGAGUACGUCGCAGAGCAUUGAGUCCUCUGAUAGAUGCCUGUGUGCUGUGUUGUGUCAGUUACUCCCGAGGGGCCUCGUGAUGUUUGUGGAUCAGAAAGGGAGUCCUGCAUCUAAAACCAUGCUCCUCUCUCAAAACUGGGAGUUUUGAUUAACUCAACCUUUUUGAGUUGAGCUUCAGCAAAUGUUUCCCUUCGUACUUCUGUGCUCUUAUUUGUGGAGGUGGAGGUGGAGGUUGGUUUUGUACAUCUGCCUCGAAGGAUUAUGUUAAGACUCACACUUCAUCCCUCUGUCCCUUCUGUCCUGCAGAUUACGUAGCACACUGUGGAAAUUUAGGUGGAAAGAGGAAAAUUUAAAAUAGGACUUUACUAAUUUGCAGAAUGCUUUGUGUCCCUGAGUGCAGAUGGCUACCAAAGGGAACUAGAGCUUGUUUAAAGAUUGGGGCAAUUAAUUUGAAAACCCGACAAACCAGCUGUAAGUUGCAUAUUUGAAUUUAUUUUAAAAGCUCUCAGUGUAAAUUAAAAAUUGGAGAAUUUCUUUAGCCUUUAGCAACCUAAACUAUAAUUCUGCAUCAUGUUUUAAUAUUUUGCAAUUACCUCUAACUAACAGACCAGGUUAAUUGGCUUUGUGCCCCUCAGUAUUUUCAAGUCAUGUGGAAUGCCCUAAGUCAGCACAAUAAAAGGAGCAGGUGUAUGAAAAUGUUCCUCUUGCCUUCUUGAGAAGGCUUUGAUUUCUUUCUGUGUACUUAGCCUGGAUCACACUUGCUUUGUCUUGCAUGUGAAUUGCGGAUCUGUUGGCUUGGUUUUUCCUACAUGUUUAACAAGAACACAAGUGUUCUUGAAAGAUUUCCUAUAGGAGGCCAGCUCUGUUGUAAAGCUUCCCACUGUGACUUCUGCUAUUUUGAAAAUUCAUUAAAUAGCCUCCUCUCCAACUAUCUUCACUGUUGGCCACUCCAAAAUAUGUCUGGUUUUGGAAACUCUUGUUCCUCUAAGCAGUGCCUUCUGCAUAUGUGAUAGAACUUGUCGGUGCCAGAGUCCUCGGGUUCCCAUUCCUGUUGCCAUGCUCACCUUCUUUCCUCCUCUCAUGCCCUCACACGACGAGCCUGAGAGCCCCCCCCCCAUUUGUUCAUUAAAGAGGCAACUACAGCUGAAAUCGCUCUUAAAAUCUUACUACAUCCUAGAGUAACUUUUUAAAAAGAUGUUUCUUCCUCCUGAGUCUGUGUAAAUAUCUUUUUUUUUUUUCCCCUUCAGAUUUCUCCUUGUGUUGAGAUUCUGACAUGAAUCUUGGGUAUCUCUCUGGGGUACAGUGAAGUCCAGUGAAAGACACCUUGUCUAUUUUGAAAACAAACAUUAUGUGACCUCUGGUAUUUCUUUUUCUGUACGAAUACUGACUUUCUGGAGUAAUUAGUAUAUCAGUUAUUGUACAUGAUUGCUUUGUGAAAUGUGCAAAUGAUAUCACCUAUGCAGCCUUGUUUGAUUUAUUUCCUCUGGUUUGUACUGUUAUUAAAAGCAUAUUGUAUUAUAGAGCUAUUCUGAUAUUUUAAAUAUAAAAUAUUGUUUCCGUAAUAUAGAUGUAUGGAAUAUAUUUAGGUAAUAGAUGCAUUACUUGCAAAGUUCCGCUUCAACAAACUGACAGAGUCUAAAUUAAUUAGCAUAUAUUGUAUCCCAGUGGGCAGUAAAUCAAUGGAACGUACCAAGAAGAGAAGAAGGAUGCUUAAAACGGGGGAAAAAAAGUUUUCCAAAGUUAUACAAUUUGGACUUGUCCAACUGCUGGGUAUAUGUUACCAACACCCCUCUCCUCCCCCAGACUUACUUGAAAUUCUCACAUUCAGCUCUUAAGAGUGCUUAAUUUAUAACUGACUUUUAAAUGAGAAGUUUCUCUUGUGGUUUUGGUUUGGGAGUAAUCAUUCAUUAAAAAAUGCAAUGUGGUUUAUGCAAACAAAACAGCCUUGCAUUACUCUUGGCCUCCUCCUUGAGGGUGGUGCGCACAGCCUGGCAGUGUGGCCAGGGGAGUCCUGUCAGGACGCGGCCGUGCCCUCCUGCAUUUCACUACUCGAGUUCAGUAACAGCGCGGAUUCCAUGUUCCUGUUCCGAUACUCUCUGAGAAGUGCCUGAUGAUGCUGAUGUACUUACAGACACAAGAACAAUCUUUGCUAUUAUUGUAUAAAGCCAUAAAUGUACAUAAAUUAUGUUUAAAUGGUUUGGUGUCUUUCUUUCCUAAUUGUGCAGAAUAAGCUCUUUAUUAGUGGUUUUCUUUUUUAAUAUUUAGGUUGAGUCAAACCUUGUGAGCCACAGUGCCAUGGUGUCUUCAA